UCACCACCAUUUUGGUACGUUGUGAAGAAGAGAAGGGUCCAAAAAUAAUCGGACGAUCCCAAGCACAAAAAACACAUACCCUUUUCCUCUCCCUCUCUCUCUCUCUCUCUCUCUCUCUCUCUCAAACUCUCAUCAUCAUCUUUGCAGACCCUUUUUUUUCUGCUUGGCCUUUCUCUCAAUCUGUUAUACUAAAGCGAUCUUGAGGUGGGCUUUGUUUCAUUUCAAUGGAGUUGAUGCUCUAGAUAAGCCUCUCUCUCAUUUUCUCUUUCUCUGGUAGUUUGGUGUUAUAAAGUUGCGUACUUUAGAGCUGUUUCGGAUCAAAAUAAAGGUCUCACGUGUUUUCGAAAACCAAACAAACAUGGCUGUUGCUGAGAAUGCACCGAGCUUCGAUAACUCAUCGGAGUCCAAUGCUCAGAGCGAUCUCGAAAACCCACCAAAACCCAAAAUGGACUCGGCUGCUGUGGUGAGUGUGGACCCCAAUUUGCAGUCCAAUGGUGGUGGUGGUGAUGAUCAGAACAAUUCUGAGCUGAAGAGCCAGGAGGGUUUGUCAGUCCCCAACCACAAGGCUCAAACGGGCCAGAUGCAAAAUGGGUUCGAGUCCAAUGGGGUGGCUGCUGAUGACCAUCAGAUGGUGAAGGCUGGUGGGUAUGGGACUGAUCAGAGCUCCAAUGGGGAUGAGAAUUUCAAGAGGGAUAUGAGGGAUUUGGAAGAGUUGUUGUCCAAGUUGAAUCCCAUGGCUCAGGAAUUCAUACCUCUAAGCCUUGCCAACAACCAAGGGUUUGCUCUUCCUGGUGGAUUUGGCUACACUAACAAUCUGUUGCUGCAGGCCAAUUCCGGCAAUGGGAAUGGAUUUAUGGGCAAAAGGCAGAAGAAGAAUGGCUAUAGUAAUCAAGCCAGGAGAAGGAACUAUUACAAGCUGAGUUUGGCACAGCGAGAGGAGAUGAUUAGGAGGACUGUGUAUGUUUCUGACAUUGACCAACAGGUUACUGAAGAGAACCUGGCUGCUCUCUUUAUUAAUUGCGGACAGGUUGUAGACUGUCGUGUAUGUGGUGAUCCUAAUUCUGUUCUUCGAUUUGCUUUUAUUGAGUUUACAGAUGAAGAAGGUGCAAUGGCUGCUUUGAGUCUGUCAGGAACCAUGCUUGGCUACUACCCUGUAAGAGUGCUGCCUUCCAAAACUGCAAUUGCACCUGUUAACCCAACAUUUUUGCCCAGGUCAGAUGAUGAACGUGAAAUGUGCUCAAGAACUAUUUAUUGUACCAAUAUUGACAAGAAGGUUACUCAAGCUGAUGUCAAACUGUUUUUUGAAUCACUUUGUGGAGAGGUUCAACGCCUGAGGCUCCUUGGAGACUAUCAUCAUUCCACUCGUAUUUGUUUUGUUGAGUUUACAGUGGCUGAAAGUGCAAUUGCAGCUCUUAACUGUAGCGGUGUAGUUUUGGGAUCACUGCCUAUAAGGGUCAGCCCGUCAAAGACACCUGUCCGCCCCCGUGCUCCUCCUCGCUCUCCAUUGCAGUAGACCUGCCUUUCGUUGCUGGACUAAUUUCCUGCUGAUAGAUAUAUUUAAAUAUGCAUACAUAGAUACAGAUAUGUUUACGUAUUUGUGUUUAUCUAUGCUUUUGUUCUUCUGGUUGCUGUUGGGUAUCUCUGUUACCUACAACUACUAGGGGUUACUUGUGGAUUAUUUUCAGUUGUAGAGUUGGAUGGAAUUCUGAGGCGCUGAAUGGUUUUAUUUAUCGUGCACAUUAUGAUGAAAUCUGGAGGAAUGGUGCCCGAAAUCUUUGUCUUUUGAUGUUUCUCAUGACCAGAAACUGAAAAUAUUUUGCCAGUGGUAUAAAUCUUUUCUUAGCUGUUU